UGACUGGUUGGUCUGUAUACUGUAAUUGGUGUUGGCCUACACAAAUCACAUUCAGUCCCUUCAUUUCCCGCAUGCAGCUGAUCCUGCUGCGACCCGUCAGUUCCUGUUUCUUGCAACUCUUCAUCUUCCUACUUCUCUCUCAUCUUGUACUUUCUCUCUCAUAUCUCUGCUAAAAUCACCCUCUGCUUUUCUCUCUCACACAGCGAAGAAGAGAAAGUCUGUCUCGUCUUUCUUGUGCUCUUAAGAAAGCAGAAAUAUAUUCUUUCAUUCUGCGAAUGUGGGUUUUUGGUUUGCUCUGACAGCGGGGCGAAUGCUUCUCUGGCUAUGGUUUUGGGAACUCAAUCUCGAUUGUUUUUGUUGAUGAAAUGUGUGCUAGUAGAACUCCUACAAGUGCUGCGUCAAGGAGAAGAACCAGACGUCAGUGGGACGAAUAUUACAGAAAUUACUACGAUGAGUUAAAGGGGAUUGAACAAGAAAGUGGUGGUACUGGUGGGAGGGACAAGCAGGAUAAAAAUGUGGUUGAUUCUGAGUCUAUUAUUCUGGAUGGGGAUGGUGGGAAGAGUUGGGAGAAACAAGGUUUUGUGCUCAUUGGUGAGAAGAGAAUUGGUGAGGAGAAAAUUCAACAGGCUGGGAGUUUUGGGGGAAGGAGUGUGAAGACUGAAAAUGCAGUUCAAGAAUUUGAUGUCUCAAGGAGUAUCAGGGGAUUUGGUGGAGAGAGGAUGGAGGAGAAGGAGGAUAAUGGUGUGGCUCAAGUGGGACGGGCAGUGUGGGGGAGGAAGAAAUUGGAUUUAAGAGCUAGAGAUGAUGGUGAUUGUGAAUUUGAAUGUUUGGGUGAAGAGGUUGUCUCAAAUUGCUCUACCUUGAAAAUCGGGCCAGAAUCAAGAUCUGGGUCUGUGUCGAAAGUAGGUAAUUUGGAUGAGGUUGUCUCCUGUACCUUAAAGAGAACUGGGAGUCCGAGGGUUGGGGCAGAUAAUGGGGGAAAUAAUAGACAGAGGGGUAGAGGAAGGCCUGGAAUCGAACCUCUGGAUAGUAACCAUAUGCCUGACGACAUUGCUGCUAGUCUCGAGAAUUCUGUGGAUUCUGGGAAUUCAACUAAGAUGUCGGAUGGAUCAGAUGAUUCAGUUGAUUCGUCGGACGCUGAAUCAACUAGUGAGGAGGAGGAUGAAUCUUCUGAUGAGGAUUAUAAUGCGGAUGAACGAUUGGCCUCUGAUGAUUCAGAUGUUUCAUAUUAUGGCAGUGAUGUUGAGGGAGAAAAAGAUGUUGAGGAUGAUGCUUAUGAAAAUGAGAAGAAAGAAAGUGAUAUUGAGCAAGAAAAUGGUAAUGACAGUGAGGACGACUAUAAUGGGGACGAUGAACAGGACAACGUGAAUACUGUCAUUGAUGACAAGGACAAAUUUUCCAGUGCCAGGAAAAGUACAGGAAUUAGUGGGAAGAAAGAAAAUGACAUUAAGCAAGGAAGAGACGACGAGAUUGAUGAGAGCUUUAAUGCAACCCAUGACGGCAGUGGUCAUAAUAAAGCAAGUGCUGAUAGGAAAAAAGAUGGGAAUCUAGUGAUUAUCAUUGAUGAUGAUGAGAAGUCUCCCAGUGUCAGGAAGAGCGCAAGAACCAAUCGGACAAGAGACAGUGAACUAGCUGGAUUAAAUAGAAUCUUUGAACCACAUGCUAAUUAUCGCUGUAUGGAUGAGACAGGGAGAAAUGAAGUCUGCAGGGGUUCUUUCGCAGCUGGUAAUGCAAGGAAGGAGGCCAAUCAUAAUUCAAAUGAGAAUUGGAUUAAGAAGAGAAAAAUUAAUGAAUUCGAGAUUCUGGUUGAUUGUGAUAAAAGUAAUGAUAAAGAGGAGAGAAGUCUGUCAAAAUGUCCGCCACCAGGCACAAUUUCCAAGUCUGAGAAAGAGGGACCUGUACUUGGCGGGUUUUGUUCUCCAGUCCCUACCGUGGAAAGGGGUGUAUAUACUUCCAUGGAUGAUGAAUCUAUAUCUUCAGGAGAUAAGGGCAGCUGCCAUACUGAACGGGUGCUAGAAAGGGGUCUGCUAUUCUCAAAAAAAGGAAUGAAGCUCGGCAAGAGAAAGACUCAUGCUGCAAGAAACCUUGACCUGAUCAAGAUUCUAGUAGCAUCCAUAAAUUCACUUAAGGAAGAACAAUGUCCUAUUGAAGAUUAUGUGCCAGCUCAGAACACUCUUCCACUAAAGUUCAGGUUUGAGGAUGAGGUGCAGCCUUCCCCUGAGAAAUCAGAGUGGGAGAAGCAAAUGGAUUCGCUCUUCUGUGAUCUAGAAUUGGGGCUUCGGGAAACUGAGAUUCACCGCACUAAACCUUCUGUGAUAGAAAAUGAUGUUGUCAACCCCACAGAGAUGGAUAGAAGUCCAGCAGCUUGUUGUGGCCGAGGAGAGCAUCAGCCGAUUCUUGAUGAACAGAUAGGACUUGUGUGUAGAUACUGUUAUGCUGUAAUCCUGGACAUAAAACAUGUCUUACCACCUUUUUAUACACCACCUUCUUGGAGACGAGACAGGAAGGACUUUGAUGAUUUACCAAGCUCUAUCAUUAGUCAAAUUCAAUUUCAGGACUCUGCUUCUGGAUCUCCUAAUUCCAUUGAUCGUGCCAAAGGAGGCACAGUAUGGGAUUUGAUUGCUGGUGUUGAAAAAGAAAUGUAUCCUCACCAACGUGAAGGUUUUGAGUUCAUGUGGAAAAAUAUAGCAGGAGAUAUUAGAAUUGAAAAACUGAAACAGCCCCUUCCUGAUGGUGGGAGGGGUUGCAUAAUUUCACAUGCCCCUGGCACUGGUAAAACUCGACUGACUAUAAUGUUUCUCCUCACAUUUUUGAAGCUGUAUCCUACCUGUCGCCCUGUAAUCAUAGCUCCUCGAGGCAUGCUGCUAACUUGGGAAUCCGAGUUCAUAAAAUGGCAUGUUCACAUACCAUUCCACAAUUUGAAUAAGGAGGAGUUAUCAGGAGAAGAAAAUGCUAUUGCUGCCAAUAUUAUCGGGCAAGUUGGAGGUGGUGGUGGAAUGAGCAGAGACUAUAUCCGGCUUUUGAAAUUGUAUUCCUGGAUGAAAGGCAGAAGUAUCUUAGGAGUCAGCUACAAGUUGUUUGAGAAGCUUGCUGGAGAGAAGGGGAAAAAGGGACAAAAUGAGCAAAUCAGGAAAGUGCUACGGGAAUUACCAGGUCUUCUAGUGCUUGAUGAAGGGCAUACCCCUAGAAAUAACCAAAGUCUAAUAUGGAAGACUUUGACAAAAGUUGCAACACAGAGACGCAUAAUCUUGUCUGGGACGCCAUUCCAGAACAAUCUUACUGAGUUAUACAAUACACUCUGCCUAGUUAAUCCAAAGUUCGACAAUCAUCUUGGAUCGGAGUAUAAUAUAAGUCGUUCAGAAACUCAUGGGCGAAAAGGCAAUUUUGAUAGAAAAAAAUGGAUCAAUUUGACUAGUUCUAUUGGCAAAAAUUCAGGUGAUGGGCUAAAUAAACUCAAAGCAAUGCUUGAUCCCUUUGUACAUGUGCACAAAGGAACUAUUCUUCAAGAAAGCCUUCUGGGAUUGAGGGACACUCUAGUAUUCUUGCACCCGACUGAAUUGCAAAAGACCUUACUGGAAAAUGCUAGCAAAUCUCGGCACAUUUUUCACAGGAUUCGGAUGGUGUCCCUGAUCUCUGUCCAUCCUUCUCUAGCAGCAGUGGGGAUGGGAACGUUUUCUGCUCACAAGAGUAAGCUAGAGGAGAUUGAAUUGGAUAUUGAAGCCGGAGUAAAGACUAAAUUUGUUGUGAAUCUGAUAUGGCUAGCUGAUGCACUUGGGGAGAGGGUCUUGGUUUUCAGUCAGUAUAUUGAUCCUCUAGUCUUUAUAAAAAAUCGGAUCACAUCUCAUUUCUCUUGGAGUGAAGGAAAAGAAGUGCUUUACAUGGACGGUCAACUUGAUGUCAACCAGCGUCAAGAUUCUAUAUCUUCUUUCAAUGACGACACAGGCGAAGCAAAGGUGCUUCUUGCAUCAGAAAGAGCUUGUUCUGAAGGGAUAAAUUUGGUAGGGGCUUCAAGAGUUGUAUUGCUUGAUACCGUCUGGAACCCUUCAAUUGAAAAGCAAGCCAUAAGCCGGGCAUACAGGCUGGGCCAGAAAAAGGUUGUUUAUGUAUAUCGUCUGUUUACCUCUGGGACUGAGGUUAAAAUAUACGCCCAACAAGUUCAAAAACAGCGCAUGUCACAGUUGAUAUUUUCUCCUCGAGACGGACAAGCUUGCCAAAGUGACAAAUCACCUGUAGUCUCGAGAGACAAAGUUUUGGAAGCCAUGCUUGGUGAUCAAAAGUUCGGUCGAAGUUUUGAGAAGAUAAUUCACCAGCCAAAGGAGUCUGAUCUGAUUGAAAUAUUUGGGUUAGUGGACCAGCAGUAAAUGCUCUUCAAAACAAAAAGCAUUAUGUUUCCUAUGUUUUGUUCUGCAGCAACAACUGCUUCUCCUCCAUGGUGCAGAAUGGUAUAUUGCAAAUUAGCUUUAGCUGUCUGAAAUAUGACACAUUUGGCAAAAUACGACACAUUUGUCUGAUUAUGUGGAUUUCUGGUAGAACUCUGAAGGUGAAUAUAAUUUUUGAUAAUCAGAUGAUCAUUUUGCCAGCCAUCAAGAAAUACAUGCAGCACUUGCUGAAGUACCAAAGUACUUCCCUACCAACUUAUUUUUCAUCUGUUCUGGGAAUUGCUGUUUCUAGCCGUUGUAUCAACUUGGGACAAGUAUAUGAUUCUUGAUUGCCUAAGCGUUAUUCUAUUAUGUGAUUAGGUUGUACCAAAGGUUGCUGGUUUUAUAGUUUUUGAUCAAUGAGGCUUCUUGUAAAGUUCAGAAGUUUAGGUUAACUAUCUUUAAAUGAUGAAACA